AUGUCCGGGCUAAGAACAAUUUCUGCAAGUGGUGGCAUGAAGAACUUUGAUUCUAUUAUGAAGAUUCUACUUGUUGGAGAUUCCGGUGUUGGUAAAUCAUGCUUGUUAGUGCGUUUUGUGGAAGACAAGUUUAGUCCUACUUUUAUUACGACUAUUGGCAUUGACUUUAAAAUUAAAACAGUAGAAAUCAAUGGUAAGAAGAUCAAACUUCAAUUGUGGGAUACUGCAGGCCAGGAGCGUUUCAGAACAAUCACGACAGCAUAUUACCGUGGUGCAAUGGGUAUAAUUCUGGUUUAUGAUGUUACUGACGAAGUAUCUUUUGAAAAUACAAGACAGUGGUUUUCUACCUUAAGCUAUGCAAAUGAGGAAGCGAUAAUUUUGUUAGUUGGUAACAAGAAGGAUAUGGACAAGAGAACUGUCACUUACGAGCAAGGACAAGAAUUGGCAAAGGAACUUGGAGUACCAUUUAUCGAAGCUAGUGCAAAAGAAGAUGAGAAUGUUAGUGAUAUCUUCUUCACAUUAGCUAAGCUAAUCCAAGAAAGUAUCGACAAUAACAAAAUGGCAAGUUAUUCAGGUAAAGAGGGGCAGAUUAAUGUCUCAUCUGGAAGCAAUUUUAGCACAUCGGAUUGUUGUUGA